AUGUACUUUUGGAUCGCCUCGAUCGUAUACUUUUGGAAUGUGGGUAUACUCAAGAUUAUCCUUCUUGUGUUUUACCUCCGAAUUUUCGCCGGCUACUCCAGAGGUAUUGACCGACUACUCUGGGUAUUUUUGCUAGGCACGGCUGUCUGCAUGUACACCUUUGUCUUGCUGGUUAUAUUCCUAUAUAACCCAAUUGAGUUUGCAUGGAACAGGUGGGAUGGCCAGCACCAAGGUCGAUGCCUCAAUACAAACCUAGUGGGUGUUUUGCAGUCAUGGAUCAACUUAGCCCUCGACAUAGGUGUUUUUAUAAUCCCACUGUCGCAACUUGGACACCUUAACCUACAUUGGAAGCAAAAGAUCUCGGUUGGAGCUAUGUUUUUCCUGGGUACCUUAGCCACCAUAGCUGGCUUUAUCCGACUUUCUUGGAUUCUCCAAUUCCAGGUGGCAUCUCUGAAUCCAACGCAAGACUUUUUUUUACUAUGCUACUUGUCCAGUGUACAAGUAAAUAUUGGAAUCAUCUGCGUUUGUAUGCCGACGAUUCGACUCAUGGUUCAAAAGGCAAUUGGGUUCAGAUCGACUGUGUUGGAAGGUAGCAGCCAAGCUAUGAGUCGCUUCAGUGUUGCAGACAGGCUCAAUCGAUUGAAGCACAGAGCUCAGCUACCGAGUAAAUCCAGACCUAUUAUUCGUCAUAUGGGGCUGGUGGGCUCAACCGCCCAUAACGACACUCUACGUGGCUGGAGUCCUAGUUACGACGACGAUGUAGAGUUAGCAGCUUAG